AUGUUUAAUCCAAGUAUCGGAGAGGUUGAUCCUUCAAGAAGAAGCUCUAUUGUUACCGCAGAAGUAGCCAAGGCACACAUCAAGAGCAAUCAACGUAAUGGUCCUGAAGAUCAUCUACACACAUCCAAUGACUACGUUGGGUAUGAAUUUGAACUUUCGCAUCUGCGUACUAAUCCAAAUAACAACCAAACUAUAAAUGGGAAAGUACAAGAGUAUAAUGUUAGUACCAUAGAGGAAAAUUCAGAGGACGAGGAUCAUGAUGACUCCGUCUAUCCUAAUGGAUAUGCUCCACUGUUGGUGGUUUUUGGCGGGUUUCUUUCAUGUUUCACAUUGUUUGGUAUAAUGAAUUCGGUGGGUGCAAUUGAAUCAUACAUUCAAGUAAAUCAACUAGCUAAUGCCUCCGUCACCGCAAUCUCCUGGGUCUUUUCUAUCUACAUGUUUAUAACCCUAUUUUCUGGGCUAAUAGUUGGUCCCUUAUAUGAUACAUUUGGAGCUACUUAUUUGAUGAUAAUUGGAACACUUUUCACAUUCACUGGAUUGCUUGCUUGUGGUUCUUCAAAAGAUAUAUAUCAGUUUGUUUUGAGUUUUGGUGUUUGCACCGGCAUAGGUUCAGGAUGUCUCAUGUUUCCUUCGAUUUCUGUAAUUUCCAGUUGGUUUAAUAGAACCAAACGGUCAUUCUACAUUGGUUUAAUUCAAACUGGUGGUUCUGUUGGUGGUGUUUGCUUUCCUAUUUUAUUGAGAUAUUUGUAUGCAAAGUAUGGAUUCGUUUGGGCGAUGCGGAUAUUUGCAUUUUUCAAUUUGGGUGUUUGUUCGGUGGCUUGUAUUUUUGUACGUGAUAGAAUAAACGAAAUAAGAGAAUUGACCAAUGAGCCUAUUGACGAUAGAACCUUCUGGGAGAAGUUUAAAAACUCCUUUGACAUCAGAUCGUUCAAGGAUAAGAAAUUUAUUGUCCUUACAGCUGCUCUAUUUAUGAAUGAAUUCUCACUAUUAAUUGUUAUUACCUAUCUAGCAUCCUAUGCAAUAGCUAAUGGAGCAAGUAUAUCCGAAAGUUAUGUUAUGAUUACGAUCAUGAACGUUUCAGGCACUUUUGGUAAAUUUAUUCCUUCAUAUUUUGCUCAGCGCUAUGGCUGUUUUAAUAUGAUGAUAAUCAUGUCAGUAUCAAUGACAAUUGAAUGUUUUGUUAUUUGGCUACCUUUUGGUAAACAUAAGGGUGCACUCUACCUGUUCAUAGUGCUCUUUGGAUUUGCAUACGCUGCAACUUACUCUCUAACGGGAGCAACGAUUGGUGCCAUCACACCAAAGACCAAGGAUUUUGGUAAACGUUACGGCUCGGCAUAUGCAAUAGUUUCGUUCGGUAAUUUGAUUUCAUUACCAAUAUCUGGUGCUUUCAUCGUUAAUAGGACAGCAAGUGAUUAUGAUAAUAUGGUUGCGUUUGCUGCAAGUACUUGUGCUUUAGCUUCAGUUCUAUUCUUAUUUUCAAGGUAUACCAUUGUAGGCCGUAAGUUACGGUGCAAAAUAUAA